AGGAAGCAGGACGAAGGAAGCAGGACGAAGGAAGCAGGACGAAGGAAGCAGGAUGAAGGACGAUCCUGAUCUUCCACUUUCCUUUCUGUUGGAACAUUUCACUGAAAUCUUCUUUACAUUUUGGGAACAAGAUCUGAUUCCCGGCUGUUUGGGCCCAACGCUCACUUCCUGUUUCUGUAAUCUGCUGUCAGGCAGAAGGAGCCGAUGCCAGACGCUCAAACUGAGGCUUGACCUCUGACCCCCAGAAGUUUUAAAGAGACUAUCCUGUUUAUUCCUGCUGACAAUAAAGCAACAGCUUAGUGAAAUCUCGGUUUUUCAUUUUAAAUGUUAAUGUUUAUAUAUUUUUUUACUGCUCCGUUGUCUUUAUCCUCCAGUAAUCGAUCGAUAAUUAAUUGAUUGAUUAGUUUGGCUGGAGCUGAUGGAGGGUAAAGCUGAUGGCCUCCAACAUUCCUCCAUAAAUCAGCUAAAUUAUAACAUUUUUGUUCUUUUAGAAUAAACUUUAGCCAUGAUGCUGGUUUUGCUUUGAGUCCAGAUUUUCUGACAUGCAAUGAAAAUAAAUGAUUUUUAUUUGGUACUGUUGGCAUUUUCUGUAUCAUCCCAAUAUUUGCUGCUGAUAAGUAGAAAUGUUUUGCAGACCGCUGUGGUUAGAAGAACUUUUGUUGAACUUGUUCCACAAAGCCGUUAAAACGUGACUUUCUGCUGAGCAGCCUGCAGCCUCUUGAUCCGCUCCAGAAGAAUUAGCUGAAUUCUGCAGAUUCUCUACAGAGAAACCAGAAUCUGCUGCCCUGCAGGGUGCAGACGGCCAUCAUCCAAUCAGGGCCGGGCUUUCGGCAGGACCCCGCCCCCAGCAGGGCUUACACCUGCAGCUCCUGCAGGUUGUCAUUGCUCAGGACUUUGGCUCCAGAAAACCAGAAGCAGGACGCCUCUGCCAUGGCCGUGCUCACCCACCUGCUCGCCGUCCUCUUCGGGAUGGGCUCCUGGGUCUCAAUCAACGGCCUGUGGGUGGAGCUUCCUCUCAUAGUCCCGCAGGUGCCAGAGGGAUGGUACCUGCCCUCCUACCUGUCCGUCCUCAUCCAGGCGGCCAACGUCGGGCCGCUGGUCGUCACCCUGAUGCACCGCCUCCGGCCCGGGGUCCUCAACGAGGUGGCGGCCAUCUACGUGAUCUUGGCGGUGGGCGCCGUGGCCAGCUUCCUGCUGGCUUUCUUCUGGAAGGAGACGGUGGCGGUGGCCGGCGCCCCCCGCAGCCUGGCUCUGCUGGUCCUGACCUUCUUCCUGGCGGCUGUGGACUGCACCUCCUCCGUCACCUUCCUGCCCUUCAUGACGCGCCUCCAGCCGAACUUCCUCACCUCUUACUUCAUCGGGGAGGGGCUGAGCGGCCUGCUGCCGGCCCUGGCGGCUCUGGUCCAGGGCGUCGGCCUGGUGCGCUGCGUCACCAGCAGCCAGUCCCUGAACCACAGCGGCCACGGAACCGGACCCCUGGAGGCUCAGUACCAGCCCUCCAACUUCUCGGCCGAGGUCUUCUUCUUCUUCCUCAGCGCCAUGAUGCUGGCGAGCCUGGCAGCGUUCCUGCUGCUGGACCGCCACCCGGCCGUGGCCCGACAGCAGCCUGAGCCGCGCUCCUUCGGCGGGUCCAGGGAGACGUCCCGGAGCAGCCGGAAGAGGGCCGAGCAGAGGCCUAUGAUGGACCCCUGCAGGCCCCCGAACCACAAACCCAGGAGCAGCUUGGGCUCCAGCUCCUGCAGCCAGAAGCAGCUGAUCUUCAUCUUCGUGGUUCUGGGCUGGGUCAACGCCCUCAGCAACACGGUCCUGCCGUCCGUCCAGUCCUACUCCUGCCUGCCCUACGGGAACAUCGCCUACCACCUGUCUGCCACGCUGGCCGCCGUGUCCAACCCGCUGGCCGGCUUCGUCGCCGUGUUCGUCUCUAUCAGGUCGCUGGUAUUCCUGGGUUUCCUGAUGGUUCUAGGAACCGGGAUCGGGUCGUACAUAAUGCUGAUGGCGGCGCUGAGUCCGUGCCCCCUGCUGGUCAACGACGGUACAGGCGCCGUCAUCAUGGUGCUCGCAUGGAUCCUCUUCAUCUUCUCUCUGUCCUAUGUGAAGAUCAUCAUGGGGAUGAUCCUGCGGGACGAAGGUCACAGCGCCCUGGUGUGGUGUGGAGCGGUGGUGCAGCUCGGCUCCCUGCUGGGAGCCGUCGCCAUGUUUCCUCUGGUCAGCGUCUACGGCCUGUUCUCCUCCGGGGACCCGUGCAACACCAGCUGCCCCUGAGGGUCCGUGAAGGUCCCCAAUAAAUCAGGAGGCUGUAAUGUUGCAUUUAGUUUUCAUUUUUUUGCUCUUUUGUUUUAUUAAAAAUCUGCACAUUUUCAUAAUUUUUUAAACUGCUUUUAUUUUAAUUUCAUUGUUUGCUUUAUGACAAUAAAAUAAAGAUCUCCAGGAAUUUUCUCACUGAGUCGCCAUCAAAGCUUUUCUUUCAGUUUCUUCAUUGCAUCGCUAAAGAAUCUGAGUUUGGUGAAAAAACUAAAUCAUUCUCACAACAUUUUGAAAUAAAUAUUGUGUAUUUCAUCUUUCUGGUCCAUCAGUGUGACGUCAGUUGUUGGAUUUGCUGAAGUUACUUUUGAAACACAAAUAAAAUUUCAACUUGUUAAGACUGGAUAAAAUGACUCGAGGUCU